UAUCUUCCUGUAAAUAUGAAUUGCCAAAUGCCCCACAAUAUAUGGAGAUCUCGUACAUUUGAGAGAAAAGGCUACCACGAUCGUGAUGCAACUAAUGAGGAUCCGUUUAAUUUUGAUUCCUAUAUUACCUGUCCAAGAAUUAGUUUCUUAGAAAAUGGUCUCUUGCGUAACAAUACAGUGAAGAACUGGCCUGAUUUGAUUGAUUUGGAUGAACACAUUACACUGCCUACACCAUUGCUACCACCUAAUGCUUCUGUAAAAUGUGGAAGAGAUCCUGUUGUACGAAGUGUCAGCAAAAAGGAUGAGCUCAAUCACUUUUUAUUCAAAGAAACUCUUGCACAUGAAUGCAGACUGCUCAUUAGAAACAGCAAAGGUGAAAUUAAUCUAAGUACAUUAAAAAACAAUUGGAAAAAGUUUAUCAAGAGAACUGAAAUUCCUGAACCUGAAAGAAAUUUAGUAACAAUUAUGGACAGAUAUGGAUGUGAUGAACCUCCAACGGAAACAUAUGCAGGUGGAAAUUUAGCUAUUUUGUGGUUGCAAAUGAAAGAUAACUGGAUAUCUGUCACUUAG